UUCGUAUCAACAUCAUCAAACCCGAGGGUGUGGGGGAGUAGUUGGCAGAUUCCCGAAGCCAGACCAGCCCUACGAAUCCCAGCAAAGCUUUGGAAGGUUAAAAGUCUCUCUGGUGGAGCCCUCGCCUCACCUGCGACCACGAACUUGGCCAUCUAAAAAAGAAAAAAAAACACCACGAGAGGUUGCUUGUCCCAGGAGCAGGCAGGUCGGGGGAGUUGCCAAGCAACAAGGCACGCGCUGUCAGACUGGAGGGGGGCGGAGAGAGCAGGAAGGACGACGACGACGCAUGAACUCUUUUGUCCGCUGCAGGCUCCCAUACUGCGAGAGGGGCCCUUUUGCUGGGUUGGGUCACGUGCUGGCCUUCCGCGAUGGCGGACCCCGUAUGAGUGUCACGCGAGGAGAGUGGCAGGUAAUUACACUACUUUCUUCUGGCCAGCUCAUCUGUGCACUGAGAAUUUUAUGAAGUUGUUUUCUUUGAACAAGUCGUUACAGCACACUAAAGAGCAAAAUGAAUAAGAACCUGGAUUAUUUUAUAAGGACAAUGAGACAGUUGCAGGCAUGUUAUUAUGUACUGCAUCCUUUUUCGAGAACUGCAAGAAGGGCAUUUCCAUUGGGAAUUAAUGGACAUAAAAGUGCUGUAUGCAGUAUUUACAUGAGCCGACUUCUGUCGUAUGUAUCUCCUUGCUGGUUCCAAUCGUCUGUUAGGUUUUUUUCUCAAGAUACUCUGACUAUUAAUACAGUUGGUGCCCAUGCAAAUGAACCGAAAACUGCUAAUGCCCUCUUAGGUGAUGAUGUGCAAGGUGCUGACUUAAUGACUGUCACACCCACCCAAGCGCCAUCUGGUUUCUUGGGAUCCCCAAAGGAAGUUGAAAGUGCAGUGGAGGAAAAGGGUGAAGGAAACAUGUCUCAGCAAUUCUUUGAUGAGCUUCGAGGAUGUACAGCUCCCUGUGAUGUACUAGAUCUCCUUUCAAAAUUUCCAGUUGCACAAAAGUACACCAGUAACUGUCUUGCCACUAUGUGGAAUCUCAUUAAAAAACUCCCAGAAGACCAGAAAUGUUAUGAGAGACAACUGAUGUUUGAGCACCCUAAAUUUAGCCAGCUAUGUCAACGUGUGAUGCAGGAGGCCAAGUACAUGUGGCAUGAUGACUUGGUGUACAGCUUGCUCGCUGUUGUAAAACUGGGCAUCCCACAGAACACCCUGUUGGUUCAGACCUUGCUGAGGGUAUGCCAGGAGCGCCUCAAUGAAUUUGAUGACCGAUGUCUCUCGGUUAUUGCAACCACUUUGCAAGGAAUGCAGAAGUCCAAGAAUGUGGAAGCUCUACAAGUUGGAUUGCAAUUACUGGUGGAACAGAGAAUUCCCACAAUCUCAAGUGUGUUUAUAUUGCAAACCAUGAUGAAGUGCAUUGGGAAUGAUGCAUCACUCAUACUUAAGACAAAACUAGAGAACAAGAUUCUGAGUCAGAUAGACCAAUUUACCAUCCCAAAUGCUCUACACAUGUUUACUGUGCUGGCUGAAAUGAAUCACCGCUCCAUUCAAAUCCUGAGUCUUUGUAGCAACAAAAUAAUAGAUAAUAUCCAUGGAAUUCCAUUUUGGCAGCUCCUGACUGUUUUGAGGUCUUGCAAAGACCUCAUGUACCGCAACUACACACUUUAUUCUGUGAUAGCAGAUUAUGCAGAAUCAGCCUUCUAUAUGUGGGACACAAAGCAGGUAGUCCUAUUUCUUUCUGCCUUUGAGAACCUUGGCUUUCGACCAGCUGGUCUGAUGGAUGUGUUUGCCAAGAAAGUGGUGUCUCAUCCUGAAUCCUUGAACAUGAGGGAUAUUUUGUCUGUUCUACGAUCCUAUUCUUUUCUCAAUCACGUCCCGAAAGGCCAAAAACAGGAGUUCCUUGAGGCGCUAAAUAGUGUUUUGAAUAAGUUUCUCCUCAGGAUCUCUAACAUGGAGUUACUGAAGGCUGUAUAUUCGUUCUGCCUUUUAGGAUAUUUUCCCCAACCUGCACUUAAACAGCUACUACAAAAUGAAAUCCUCCAUGAUCUGGUAGCAUCAGAUGGGCAGAAUAUAAAGCAAAAUGAAAUGAUGUUGCGUGUCAUAAACAUUUGUUUAGAACUUGAUGGGAAUUCUUUUACUAAGCCAGCAGUCUUAUCCAUAGAGAAACUACCGUCACCCUCUGCUUUUAAUUUUCCUGACGUUCAGGAGGUGCUGCUUACGCUUUUGGGAGAUGAAAGUCUGUUUCAAGCCAAUGUGCAAUUGACUCACGGCUACAGCCUAGAUUUUGAAAUCUUAAUUGAUGCACACGGAAAAACAGCAAUGCCGAACACUGAAGUAACCGAUGAUCCUAACAUUAAAAGGAUAGCUGUGCUGUGUGCUCCUGUGUCUGCCUUCUCUUAUGGAUCAAGACAUCCCCGAGGCAGGUUGGCAAUGAAGAUGAGACACUUGCAUCUUCUGGGCUAUCAUGUGAUCCUGGUUCAUUACCAGGAAUUCCAAAAGCUGAAGAAAGAUGAGGCAGUUGAGUUCUUCAGGGAAGAAAUAUUUUCAGCGGAAGCACAUCAGAGUUCUGAUCAGAAUAUCCAGGAUGACUGUUUAAAUUAAUGUUGCAACAUUUUUUGUAUUUUUAGGAAAAUAACUGAAUAUGACUCCUUCGUUGUCUUUCCUUCCAUUAUCGGCUUCGAAUUCUGCUGACUCACAUUUGUUCUAGACUGAGGAAGGAUGCAAAAUUAUGACUCUGAUAGUAUUUACCACUCUGGGUUGGGUGCUGGUUCUUUAGCAGAGACUGCAGCAUAUAUAUUUGAAAUAAAUGAAAGUAAUCUUCA